UUUUUAAGGUCAAGGGCAAUUUUGGCAAACCAACAAUCUCACCCUUUUUUACAUCACACUCCCUAACAACACCCACCAAUCCGCCAUUGCCACUCUCUCUCAUUUUCUCUUUCCUCAAAUUUCUUCAGAAAUCUGCAACAAUGGAGGAAGGUGGUAGUGCUGGGUACGUAGACACAAGCAAGGCAGAUAAAGCAGUGUGGUUGAUGAAAUGCCCUUCUGUUGUUUCGCGCGCUCUUCAAUCUUCCUCUGUUCCCAACGAUUUACCUGUUGCUAAAGUUAUCGUUUCCAUUGAUCCUCUUUGCUCAGACCCUGAAGAUCCCUCUAUUCGUCAGUUCACCAUGGAAUUGUCUGGCUCUGAUUUGGGAAAUGUGCCUAAGCGUUUCUCUAUGGACAUGUCUAAGGAAAUUGUUCCAAUGUCUGUCUUUUCAGAGAACGAAGGAAAUAUAAGUGUUGAAGGGAAAAUUUAUAACAAAUUUGACAUGAAGCCUCACUAUGAUGCAAUUGAGAGCUAUGGUAAACUAUGUCGUGAACGAACAGACAGAUCCAUGACGAAGACUAGACAGAUUCAGGUGAUUGGCAAUGACAGGCCUAUAAUACCUAUGCCAGGGAUCACUCAUACUCAGGAGAAGAAGAAAGUGGUUGUUAAAGGAUCUGAAACUAAGAGAAUUAGGAGGGAUCGAGGAGAGAUGGAAGACAUAAUGUUCAAACUAUUUGAACAGCAAUCCAACUGGACACUUAAAGAGCUGGUCCAGAAGACGGAUCAACCUGAGCAAUUCAUGAAAGAUUUACUGAAAGACCUUUGUGUGUACAACAACAAGGGAUCUAAUCAAGGGAGCUAUGAAUUGAAACCAGAAUACAAGAGAUCUGCUGAAGAUCCGAGUGGUUUAUAGGAUGUUUGAUAUCUUCAUUCAUCACUAAAGCCAAGUUUCAUCUUAGUUUUUUGCACAUAUAUGACUCAAACUGAAGAAAGAUUUGUUCCUGAUCGAAGCUGAUAUCUGCAUUGUUUUUGCGCACUAAAUCUUCCAAUGUUUUUAUUUGCACAUAUUUUCCGCACUCUCAGGAUAGUAAAGAAGAUUAAGACAUUAGUAUGUAACCUUUGGAAAGUAUGUGAACAGGUCUGAUUGAGGCCAUAUUCAUUUCUAAGCUAAAAUCUUCUGAUACUAUGGUAUUCAGAUAUUUUUUGUAUAUUUGUCAGCAAGUUUCAUUUUUGCUUCUUAACUAUACUGUUGCAGGACUGCAAAUGCUUUUGGGUUCAAUUUGAUUAAAUUUAGUAUGUUAAUUUGACAUGAUAGUUCAGAAAUUCUGGUGCAAGAAUAUAAGUCUAUAAGAUUUAUGUAUUUCAAAUUGGAAGCAAUUUAAUCUAAAAUUAGGUUUUUUUUUUUUUUAAUGUAUCUUUUUUUGCUUGAUUUAUUAGUUUUGCUUAUUUAAAUUCUCCAAAACUGAUAAAAUGAGCAAAAAUACCCUUAAAUACAUCUAACUAUAGGUAUACCCGGGAAUAAGAUAGAGGUAUUGGCAACCUUGGUGUUUUAUUUUUUGAACGGAAAGUAAUAAUAUCAUUAAAUAAUAGUCAUACGACAUCUACAAUAAUAAGAAUAGGUAAACCACAUAUUUAGAAAAAGUACCAUAACCUUCACAAAUUUACAA